AUGUCUCUCGAGAGCCUCCCACCAGAACUACAAUCCAAAAUCUAUAGUUACAUGGUGACAUCAUUUGGGCCCUCGUCAAUCCAUGCGUUGCUCAGAAUAUCCAAACAACUGCACGCCGUGGCUCUUCCGUUAUCUGUGCAAAUCUUCCGAAAUACGGCACCUUUGAAAAUAGGCAAAGGACCUUGCUCGGUAGCCCGCAAUGCCCAGUUCUUGCGUUACAUCCUCGUCUCCAGACCAGAGCUAGCAAAUAAAGUCGAUACUGUCAUUUUAGGUGGCUUUGCGGCUAGAAGUAGUGAAUCAAAUCCACAUGCCAGCAGCCCAGAAGAACUGGAGACCUAUGAGCAGCUCAUCAUCGAUAGUUUAGGUCCAACACUUUCAAAGGUCGAUGUGGAACGCCGCGAUAAAUGGAUAUUUCAUCUGAAAAGGGGCUAUUCUGAUGCACAGAUCUCGCUGAUUCUGCUUGCUUGCCCGAAUAUCAAGAGACUCUAUUUUGAAGACUUCCAAGAGCCAUCGAAUGAGGAGGUUUUCGAAAAGCCACCUUCUUUCAUGUUUUUGCUUGAGAUGGCUCAGAUCCUGUCAGCAUCAGGCGGAUCUGAAUCCAAGGCCCUUCCACUAGGGAACGUCAAGCAUGUUCAUGUGCAAUCUCAAUAUGGGAACACUUGCGGCUGGGAACAGGCCAUCCGCCUCUUGGCACUACCCAAGUUACAGACUUACGAAUCCCUCAACGCCACCUACCAAGGCAAAGUUCCAGGAGACUCGUUCGUCAUGGCUCAACUGCCCAAGUCCUCUGUGCGGUCUGUCGCUUUUCACCAGUCACACGCGCCUGCAUCAGAAGUCAAGUUUGUAUUGGACGCUUGUGAUAACCUGACGAGCUUCGAGUACAUCAGUGCAAUGUGGAUGCCGAUUGAUGGGAGUCUUCCCCGGGACAUUAUGAGGGCUGUUCUGCCUCAUGCCGAAACUCUCACGCGUCUGUAUCUCGACUUCCAGGACGACUGUGAAAGGGAAGAUUGGAGAGAAAACCCACACGGGUUGUACUUGGGUCGCGAACUUGCCCAGAUGACAGCACUGAGGUACCUGAAUAUAGGGAUGCAGGCUCUCAUCGGGAUGUUCGACCCUAUAGCAAUAAAGCGACAAGACUUGCCACUGCAGAUUGAAGGCGCCCCUAGGAUCGUCGAAUGCCUUCCUGAAAAACUACAGGAACUGAGAAUACGCGAAUGCGGCAAGGCAAUUGUCGGCCAAGCAGCAGAGUUGCUUGAUACGAUUGAGAAAGGGCAACGCUUCCAAAAUCUGCAGUGCAUCGUGUUAAUGUUCAAGCAUGAGAACAUUGAGAUUGAAGACAUCCAGCAAGGUUUUCCUGAGCUCACAAUUGAAAGCACUCGAUACAGUCUUGCCGUAAGCUUUCAAAACCGUAAGAUGCGCUGGCUUGACUCUGGUAGAGGCAAGACUUUUGAGGGAAUUCGCGCCAUCCCGAGUCUCUGCUCUCGUAUAUUUGCCGACGAUCUUCGGAGAGACUGGAUUGAUUUUCGUGGACUGUCAGCGGUACAUACCAGUGUGUAUGGCAGAUCAGAUUCCACAUGUUUUCACGCUCAUAGAGUAGAUCCGGGUUUGAGAAUACAGAGGCUGCUGCUUCAAAAGCCACCACAUGAGUUUGGACUUGACGAUUAA